GAGCCGAACAGCACACGUGACUCAGCUCACAUCAGAAUCAGCAGCCUCAAACCGAACCAACCAACCAAAGAACUUUUCUGCAUUCUUUUCAUCUCACAUUUUCUCGUUUCUCAUUUCUCAUUUCUGCGUUCGUUUCUCUUCUUUCUAUAAUGGCGGAGAAUCCGAGUGAUUGGUGGGACUCGUGGGUGGAAGAGGCUCUCACUACCCUUCACUCCCUCAAAGUUCUCCGAUCUCUCAGACCCAUUUGCCUCCGCAGCUGCUCUCUCCAGUUUGGCCUCCGUGACGCCGCAUUCCAGGUGUUCGAUGAAAUGCAGCACUGGGACCGCUCCUCUGUUGAAGUGGAAAUUGCGGAGUCCACAUUCAGUAGAUGGAUGCAUGACACCCCAAGUGCUGGUGAUGAGAUUGUUUGUAGUGCGAUUGGUGCUGAUGACGAAGCAGGGGCAUCUUAUGAGAAGUUUAAAAAAUUAAUUUUGUUUUCUGGAAAUGAUUAUCUAGGCCUAAGUUCCCAUCCGACUAUUGGAGAGGCUGUUGCAAAGGCAGCCCAGGAACAUGGUAUGGGACCAAGGGGUUCUGCUCUUAUUUGUGGUUAUACCAAUUAUCACAGGCUACUUGAGUCGAGCCUGGCAGACUUGAAGAAGAAAGAGGAUUGCCUUCUUUGUCCCACAGGGUUUGCUGCCAAUAUGGCCGUGAUGACGGCAAUAGGAAGUAUUGGUACUCUCCUAGCUGGGAAUAGCGUACCUUCAGAGGAUGAAAAGAUCGCUGUCUUUUCUGAUGCAUUAAAUCAUGCAUCAAUAAUUGAUGGCAUUCGUCUUGUUGAGCGACAAAAAAGUGUAAAGGUUUAUAUAUAUAGACAUUGUGACAUGUCCCACCUGAAUAUGCUAUUAUCUAAUUGCAGAAUGAGGAAGAAAGUUGUGGUGACUGACAGCUUGUUUAGCAUGGAUGGCGACUUUGCACCUAUGGUUGAGCUUGCUGGCCUUCGCAAGAAACAUGGCUUUUUGUUAGUCAUUGAUGAUGCUCAUGGAACAUUUGUUUGUGGGAAAAAUGGUGGCGGUGUUGCCGAGGAGUUCAACUGUGAGAAGGAUGUGGACAUAUGCAUUGGUACACUAAGUAAAGCUGCUGGUUGUCAUGGAGGAUUUAUAGCUUGCAGCAAAAAGUUGAAACUGUUAAUACAGUCAAGGGGUCGUUCAUUUAUAUUUUCAACUUCUGCACCAGUUCCCAUUGCUGCCGCUGCUCAUGCUGCGGUUGAAGUGGCAAAACUUGAGACAUGGCGUAGAGAAGCUAUUUGGAGCCGGGUGAAAGACUUUCAUUUACUUACAGGAAUCCCUGUUACAAGUCACAUUAUAUCCCUGAUAGUAGGCAGUGAAGACAAGGCACUCCAAGCAAGCCGGUAUUUAUUGCAAUCUGGCUUCCACGUAACUGCAAUCAGACCACCUACCGUGCCUCCAAAUUCAUGCAGGCUGCGAGUGGCUCUAAGUGCAGUUCACACAAGGCAAGAUGUGGAAAACCUCGCAGCUGCACUCUCACGUUGCAUCAAUUUUCAAGACACUCGAAUAUAUGGAUGCAAUGGCUAUGCAAGACUAUAGCCAGCUCUUGGUUCUUUCAGGAUGAAUUGCAUCAUUAUUGAUUGUGACUACAUUAGAAACAAGCACACCCUUGGUGCCUCCCUUAGCAGUUCAAUUCAAUGACUUUUCUUUUUGGAGUGGUGGUUCAUCUCCUCAUGUCAUGACAAAAUGACAAGCUAUUUUUAUCAACAUCUAGUUGAUAGUGUUAAGUAACGCUGAUGUUUGGAUGUAAUUAAUUUUGAUCAACGUUUAGUAUAGGAGCUCUCUUUUUAAUAUA